GAGUAGAAAGUAACCCAGGUUCCCUGUGGCAUCCAUAUUCAGAAACGCUUCCAUCAAGAAAGAUGGCAUCAAGGGUUGGAACUACUGGGGAAUGAAGGAACUAAACAUUUCUUCUGGGUGAUUCAGAAGGCUCAGCAGAGCUUUGAUAGGCAGCUUUCUGUCAAAGGCUUUGUAUGGGUAAAAGAACAAUAGAACUUUUGUGUUUACUUACGUGUGGAAUACAAAAGGCAGCACAGGCCCUGGUUUCAUGUGCUUCUGUAUUCCUGAGAUGAAAUUUAAUAGCUGUCCUUGCACGUGAACUUCACGAACGCUCUGCUGAGUCUCAGAAACACACUGUGCUGCUAUCCACAUUACCACCGUGGCCUCAAGGCUUCUUCACAGUCCCAGGGAGCUGCCAGUCAUAAGAGGAGCCUCCAUUAUGUUAGCCAUUUUCAAUACUUGUUUCCUACCUGUCUUGUUCCCGCUGUAGUAUUUGGUACAUGACAAGAGCUCAAUGAAUGUCUGCUCCGAGGCUGGUGGGUUCGAACCCGUCCCCAGCCUGCUAAACAACAACAAAAAAAGCCGGGCGUUGUGGCGGGCGCCUGUAGUCGCCGCUACUAGUUGGACUGAGGCAAGAGAAUCGCUUGAACCCAACAGUUUGAGGUUGCUGUUAGCUAUAACGCCACAGCACUCUACCGAGGGUGACAAAGUUAGACUCUGUCUCAAUAAAAAAAAAGGAAAAAUCAAUGUCUGUGGAGUGAACGGGCAUCCCCCACCCCUUUUCACCAAUGGAAAACUGCGCCAGAGAAGGCGAAUCGCCCAAAGUCACUCCUUGCGUUUUAAGGCAGGGCGGCGACUAGCGCAGAGGGCUCUUAAACUGCUCUCCACUCACUUGUUCCAAAUCCUACGCCUUCACUUCUCCAGCUAAGAAAAAUAAAAGGAAUAGCUACGCGACCUCUGUGCCGCGAGUAACCAAGAGAGAGAACCAAGAACCGGCUCUUCCAACGCCAAACGCCCCAGAGGGCCGGGUACUGCCACGUGACCACAACGGCCGUAACUGUCACGUGACCCGCGACCGAGCUGUGGCGCACGCGCAGUAAACUUCUCCCCACAUUGUUAACGGACAAUGGCAGCUUCGCUAGGCGGCAUGUUCUCUGGGCAGCCACCGGGUCCUCCACCACCCCAGCCGGGACUCCCAGGCCAGGCUUCACUUCUUCAAGCAGCGCCAGGUGCUCCGAGACCUUCUAACAGUACUUUGGUGGAUGAGUUGGAGUCCUCUUUCGAGGCUUGUUUUGCUUCUCUGGUGAGUCAGGACUAUGUCAAUGGCACUGAUCAGGAAGAAAUUCGAACUGGUGUUGAUCAGUGUAUCCAGAAAUUUCUAGAUAUUGCGAGACAGACAGAAUGUUUUUUUCUACAAAAAAGAUUGCAGUUAUCUGUCCAGAAACCAGAGCAAGUUAUCAAAGAGGAUGUCUCUGAGCUAAGGAAUGAAUUACAGCGGAAAGAUGCGCUGGUCCAGAAGCACUUGACGAAGCUGAGGCACUGGCAGCAGGUGUUGGAGGACAUCAGUGUGCAGCACAAAAAGCCAGCCGACAUCCCUCAGGGGUCCCUGGCCUCUGGAACAGGCGUCGGCCACUAUCCCUGCACCUCUGAAGCCGACCUGAGGGAGGGUAUGCCAGAGUGCCGGCGGCCUUGGACAGCUUGCCACACAUUUCUCAAGGACAUGGGUGGCAUUUUGGAAGAACUCUUUGCCAGGGAAUGAGUUGAUUUUAGUUUUAUGCUCCCACCUAAAAUUUUACCACUAUUUUUAUAAGCUGUUUAGGUUUUGGAAUACUUUUUGAAAUGCUUGUGGCUGAGUAAAACAAGUGAAUAUGUCUUUUGCAAAGUUUAGACUGUUAGUAUAGUGAUAUGAUUGCUUUUUAUGGGUUUGUUUGGGGACUUUUUUGCUUAUUUAAUUUUUGUGUGACUUUCCAUUUCCUUGCAUGUGCUUCUAGUUGUCAGUUGACUUUGAGCUGAGGGAAAAGACAAUUAAGUAGUCUGAGAAUGGAGGAUGAGGAUUUUGCUUGGGGGUCCUUUAUGAUAAUUACCCCAUGAUGGUAGGGUAGACAAAUAAGUAAAUUUGUUGUGUGUCAAUAUUGAACUACCUCAAGAAGAGGAAUGUAGUUACACCAUGUUCAUCUUGUGCCCAGAACUUUCAGAACAAGGAGAUUGUAAAUAGGAGGAGGAGGAUUAAAACGUCCUGGGUUAGUGAAAUGAUGGCUGAUGCUGAUGUUUAUUUGGGGUAAGUUGAUACUUUGUGCGGUGUUUAUUUACUUCUUGAUGGGGCGGGAUGCCGUGGGUGCAGUGGCGUGCUGAGUUGUGUUACAUUCCGGGGUAACGAGGCAGUGUAAGUGACUGGGCAGACUCUUACCUCAGUGCUAUAGCAGUCGGAGCAUUACAGCUUACUCCAGUUGUCUCUGUUUUGAGUUAAUUGCUGUGUCAUUUUGUUUUGCAUUUUUGGAAGAGUGAUACUUUCCAUUAGGGAUGAUGAUCGCUAAUGGAUUUGAUUCCAGGGGACUGGGGUCUCUGAGUCCAGGUGGGCUGCAAGGUGGUCCUCCGCUACUUUACUUCCAUAAAGAGCUGUGGUGCCUCUGCAUUGGGGAGGCUCUGUUCUCUUGCCAGUUUUCAUAGGCCACCUCAGAUUGUCUGAAUUGCUCUUGAGAAAAACAGACUAGCAUUGUUCUGUCUCUUGUUGGGUGAGGUUUUCCUAAAUUUUAUGUAGUCUCUUAUUAAAUUACAUCUCUUUACCCAAACAAAGGUGUCACUGUCUUCUGAACAGGUAGCACAGCGUGUCUGUGGCCCAGUGUCCUGGGUCCCUUUAUUUUCUCCAGCCUUGAAGGUCCUGCUCACACACAUAACAUCCAGUCAUGUUCCUGGUUUGGGCUGGAUGCCACCUGCUCCCUGCAGCCUCCCAGUGCCCUUCCUGCUGUCCCCAGGGCAUAGGACUUACCUCUCCAUCUGGCCCUUACUUGGUUCUCCCUUGUGGGUUAGUGGCUUGUGUCUGUCUCUGCCCCUUCCUGCACUGUAUGCCCGUGAGCAUUAGGUAUUAUUUCCUUCAGUAUACAGGGACCAUAUGUUCUUUCUUCUAUACAUGGUACUUAGUUUUUGUUUGUAUUUGUGGUAUCUGGCAUACGGACGUAGGAUUACCAGCUUGAGACUAAGGAAUCCUUAAUUGGCAUGUAUAGGUUAAACAAAGCUUUGUAUUUAUUUAUUUUGAGACAAGGUCUCGCUCUGUUGCCUGGCUGGAAUGCAGUGGUAUCACUUCUUCACAGCUCCCUGCAGUCUCAGGCUGGGCUCAAGCCUCCUGCCUCAGUCUCCUAAGUAGCUGGGACCACACCCAACCAACCAAAGCUUUUAAAAGCUCACAUUAGGCUCAGUGGUUAGGGCAUGGGCCACAUGCACCGGGGCUGGUGGGUUUGAACCCAUCCAGGGCCUACUAAACAACCGUAACAACAAUAACAAAAAAAAUAGCCGGGCGUUGUGGUGGGCGCCUGUGGUCCCAGCUGCUCGGGAGGCUGAGGCAAGGGAAUUGCUUAAGCCCAAGUGUUUAAGGUUGCUGUGAGCUGUGACGCCACAGCUCUCUACCGAGUGUGACAUAGUGAGACUCUUUCUCAAAAAUGGAAUAGAAUAAAAUAGCUCACAUUAUAUGACCUCUGCGUUGUUAACCUGGUCAUCUUGUGGUGAGUAGAAACUCUUGACUGAUAGCUUUAGAUUUUUAAAUUUAAAACCUUAAGUAAACUGAGUUAAAGGCAUUCUUUCUAAGGAGUUCUUGGUGAAAAGAUUGGGAAGUGUUCUAUUUGGUGCUUAGUGAAAAUAUUUUGAAUUAAUGCUUGUACCAGUUAUUGCCAUUUUUUUAUUAAACUCAAAAUUUUGUCAAGUAAAUGUCAAGUUUUUUAUUUUGUCUGUUUGUAAACAUCUUGCUGGUUGAUGAACACAGAAAAUCCUCUACAGCUCCUGUCUUCAGGAGAAAAUCAGGAGCCAUCCUCUGGGGUUUCCCUGUGAGCCUGGGGGAUGCCCUCUGUUGAGUCACUGCCUAGAGUCACACCUGGGCUGGGAUAUGUCUUUGAGGAAAGAACCACCUGUAUGUAGUCUUUUUUAAAGCAUGAAAUAAAAAACAGUACAACAGUG